UUGAGUUGCAUAUAAAUUGGUUUAAAUGUAUAAGACCUUCAUGGCUGAAGCGUCUUAUAGUAAUCAUAGGUUAUGUUCAAUGCGUCAAAAAAGAAAAGUGAAAUAAACGUUUUUGUUAUCGUAUCGUUUGAUUUCAUUUAUUUUAAAGAAAUAUACGGUACCAUAACCUACCAAAAUGUCUGGAGGAAUGUUAUAUGGAGGAGAUGAAAUCGGAGCUUUGGUAUUUGACUUGGGACAUCAUUCCUUGCGAGUUGGAUAUGCUCAAGAGGAUACGCCAAAGGCUGAAAUACCAGCAGUCGUAGGUGUAAGAGAAGAUGGAAAUGGUACAGCUACCAAAGCCGAACCAAUGGAUAUAGAUGAUAAAAAACCAGAUAGUAAUAUUACUCAAUCAGGGUCCAAAUAUUAUAUUGAUACAACAAUUCUUCAUGUCCCACGUAAAGACACGGAAAUUAUGAACUAUAUGAAAGAGGGCAUGAUUGAAGAUUGGGAUCAUUUUGAAAAAGUGUUAGAUUAUACGUACUCUAAAGUUAUUCAAUCGGAUGCAGAAUAUCAUCCGGUAUUAUUUUCUGAAUCCCCAUGGAAUAUACGUAGUAAAAGAGAAAAAUUAACAGAAUUAAUGUUUGAGAAAUAUAAUGUACCAGCAUAUUUUCUUGUUAAAAAUGCUGUACUAGCUGCAUUUGCUAAUGGUAGAGCAACUGGUAUUGUCGUUGAUAGUGGUGCAACUCAUACUUCUGCUGUGCCUGUUCAAGAUGGCUUUGUAUUAACGCAAGCUAUUGUAAAAUCUCCGCUUGGUGGAGAUUAUAUAAGUAUGCAAUGUAGACAAUUUUUACAGGACAAUGAGAUUGAUUUAUCUCCCUCUUAUAUGGUGGGUGGUAAAGAAGUUGUUAAAGAUCAUGAUAAACCACGAUGGGUGAAAAAGAAGGGCUUACCUGAAGUUACUACGACCUGGCAUAACUAUAUGGUAAAGAAACUUAUUCAAGAUUUUCAAGCUACUGUAUUGCAAAUUUCAGAAACACCAUAUGACGAAAAAAUAGUUUCUACGAUACCCUCUGUUCAAUAUGAAUUUCCUACCGGUUAUCACCAGGAUUUUGGAAGCGAACGAUUUCGCAUACCAGAAGCAUUAUUUGAUCCUAGUAUGGUUCAAAUGCGUGGUGGAUUAGUUGGUAAUACUAUGUUAGGUGUAGGUCACAUUGUUACAACUAGUGUUGGUAUGUGCGAUGUAGAUGUUAGACCAGCUCUUUAUGGUAGUGUAGUUGUUACUGGUGGUAACUCAUUUAUACAGGGUUUCCCGGAACGUCUUAACAGAGAUUUAUCAAUGAGAAUACCAUCUAGUAUGAGACUGAAAUUAAUAAGUGCAAAUGGUUGUGCGGAACGAAGAUUUGGAGCAUGGAUCGGAGGUUCAAUAUUAGCUUCGAUAGGUACUUUUCAACAAAUGUGGAUAUCCAGUCAAGAAUAUGAAGAAAGUGGUAAAAAUCAAGUGGAAAGAAAAUGUCCUUAAAUUUGUAUUACAUGUAAUUACUCACAUUUUCCUAAAGUUAUAUUUGUACAAUACGUUUUGCACAAUUAAUUCUAACCAUUGGUUGAAAAUGGAAAAACUAAAAAAUUAGAAUUUUCUCUUUCAUUUGUAACAAUCAUACAAUGCAUGUGUGAGAAUUUUAUAAAUUUUGAUGUAUACUAAAACAAAAACAAAAUAAAUUACAAUUUUUAUAAA